AUGGGUGGAUGUUCCAGGCACUCUAGUGUUACGUUUCACGUCGGUGUUUGUGAAAAUUGCAGGCUGGUCGCCUUGGAUGGGCGAAUUGGUGAGGAUGCUUUGGUGACCAUUUCAAAAAGCCAUUCCAGGUUUCUUGCGGACACCUUCCCCAUCUCAUGGUUCCGGAAGAAGGAUUACCAGCUGGCUCCAAGUCAAAGGGCAGGUGCCGGGGAUUACAUGGAGCCUGCUUCUCAACAUCUCUGGGUGCAGCGGACUUUGAAGGAGGUUGAAAACAUUGUCGAAGACAAGUUGAAGACAAAGCUGGCUGCCGGCCGGCCGGCGUCUCACCGCCGCGACAUCCCCGGCAUUGCGUGGCGCAAGUAUGCUGUCAUUUUCACGGCCGGCCUUGAUGCUAGCAAGGCACGUGAAAAUUGGCAGGAAGAUGAGAUGCGCAGCUUCAGAGACACGUUUAUCAAUGGCUUUAUGGACAAUGUGCUUUCUGCGCACACGAGCUUGCGCUAUGAUUCAGUGGAAACAACGUGGCCCUGCUUCAUCAAAGCGCUGGCGGUGCGCAAACGGCAAGCGGAGGACCUGGAGGCCGAGCAGGUCCGCGACAUCAUCCGCUCCAAGCGAGAGGCACUGGAGCAGGAAGACCUGGAGGAGCAGGAGAAGGCGACUGCAGGGGUGCGAAAUCGGAGUGAGUUGAGGCGAGCCGUGCUCCAGGCCACGAACGCCUCCCUCUGUGAGAAGGUCGUGUUCUAUACCGACCUGAACGUUCUUUGCGGUGAGCUGCUGGAGGGAGCGAUGUCGCUGACCGACGCUCCGCCCGUGCUCAAGACUAUCUUGGGUUCAGGAGCCGGUCCAAGUCUUCUUCAGUUGUGUGGGUGA